AUGUCUAUCGACGUCGAGCCUCUCGAGCUGAACUUUCGGCGUAUGCUUCCAUCCGUCCUGCGUUUGCUCUGCCUCGUCGACAUCAUGCUAACGUUCGUCGUCAUCCCCCAGGCCCCUUUACCGUCGAGGUGUCGCAGACCCUCACUAUCCGGAAUACCAGCGCCGCGCCAUUGGCUUUCAAGGUAUGACUAUCCCCUAGCCGCACUCGUGAUUCCUGAUUCGCUUGAUGUUGACAAUGGUACCCGUCGCAGAUACUGCGUUCGACCCAAUGCUGGCCGUAUUGAACCCGGCCAGUCUUUCGAUGUCUCCGUCCUCCUCCAGGCCAUGAAGGCCGAUCCUACGCCCGAUUCGAAAUGCCGCGACAAGUUCCUCGUCCAGUCGGCCCCUAUUACGGGAGAUAAAGAGUUUACCAGUAUUGCUGAGGUGCUCGACCACACGGACAAGAGCUUGAAGCAGGAGAGAAAAAUUCGCGUAAACUGGCUUCCCGCGCACGGCGAAGCUGAGCCGAGCGCUGCUCUCAUGACACCUAGCAAGAAGCUCGCCAACGGGAACGCGGAUACUCCCGACGUUUCCCACAACUUCUCCUCGCCUGGUGCCGGUGCCCCUCCCCCUUACGACGACGAGGGUUCCACCGUCGAUGCCGAGGAAAAGGCACCGAUAGACACCCCCGCUGCCCUGGUCAGCCGCGCCGUCCCCGCCGUCAAGGACGCCGGCAACGAGACGCUCGAGGCGCUCAAGGCCAAGUUGGCGGCCGCGCAAGCAGAAAUUGCUAGCUUCAAGGAUAGCGGCCUCCGCCAGCGCGCCGUCAAGACCGGCGAGAGCGCGAAGGCGCACGCUGGUGACCUGGCGCAGACGGUCAAGCAAAACGCCGACGGCGUCUCGGUGCAGCUCGUGGCCAUCCUGUGUCUUAGCAACAUUUACGCCGGUCCAUGA